AUGAUGCUAUCCUUGACGAGAAGUAUCACCACUUUUCCGUUCCGAAUCUCACAUGCUCCCCAAAAUUGUCGUCUCCACCAUUUUCUUGUUAUCCGUAGCAGUAUUGAAAAUGGCAACAACGCGAAUACGGAUAAUAGCAUCAAUACAUCGCCACCUGUCCGGCCAAGGAUCACUCCACCGGAGACUGUAGAAAUACGGUUCAAAAGGGGUUCUAGAAAAAGGAGAAAGCAACAGCAACAGCAACAAGAGGAGCAACAGCAGGAUAAGAUGGGCCGAAAGGGUUGGGAUUCAAUGAGCCUCACGGAGAAGGCCAUAGAGUUGUACGUGGGUGAGAAGGGUCUGCUCUUCUGGCUCAACAAGUUUGCGUACGCGUCGAUUUUUAUCGUAAUUGGUGGUUGGAUAGUGUUCCGAUUUGUUGGGCCUGCACUCAACCUGUACCAGCUCGACACUCCUCCCCUUCCUCCUAAUUCCAUGUUGAAGGGAUCUUGA